GCUGUUGCCACAGCAACAACCGAGGGCACCCCAGAGGAGCGCGCCCGCGUAGAACUGCGCUUCAAAUCGCUCGCUGCUACAAAGGCCCUGGGGGAGGCGUAAGUCAGUCCUGAUCGGCGCCCGUGGAGAGGACAGGUUAGGCCCAUGAGCUACAAUCCCCGCAGCCGCUUUUGCCUAACCUAACGGUUAAAAGCCCUGAGGGCCAUGGCUGAGGUGCACGUGAUCGGGCAGAUCAUUGGGGCCACCGGUUUCUCUGAAAGUAGCCUCUUCUGCAAGUGGGGCAUCCACACAGGGGCGGCGUGGAAGCUCCUGUCGGGAGUGCGGGAGGGCCAGACACAGGUGGACACGCCCCAGGUGGGGGACAUGGCCUACUGGUCCCACCCAAUUGACCUGCACUUCGCUACCAAAGGUCUCCAAGGUUGGCCCCGGCUCCAUCUCCAGGUGUGGUCCCAGGACAGCUUUGGCCGCUGCCAGCUCGCGGGCUAUGGCUUUUGCCAUGUGCCCAGCAGCCCAGGCACCCACCAGCUGGACUGCCCCACAUGGCGGCCACUGGGCAGCUGGCGGGAGCAGCUGGCCAGGGCCUUUGUGGGUGGAGGGCCGCAGCUGCUGCAUGCGGACACCAUCUACAGUGGGGCCGACCGCUACCGCCUGCACACAGCCGCUGGUGGCACAGUGCGCCUUGAGCUGGGCCUGCUGCUUCGUCACUUUGACCGCUAUGGUGUGGAGUGCUGAGGGAUCCUGCCUCCAGCGGUCGGCCCUCAUCCACAGCACUGGCCACGCAGUGCAGACAGGAUGGCAAGCAGUCGAGAUCACGGCCCUGAGACGGUCAGCCCUGAUCCUAGCCAGGCAUUGCAAGGACCUCGAGCCCAUAAGGCCCCUGCAGUCCCAGUUCCCCAUGUGUCACAUGGGGUAGUAAGUGUGGGUCACAGGGGUGGGAGGAAAAUGCUGUUUAGCACAAGGGACAUGCUUAAUAAACGUGAGUGAUUUUUA